ACUGAACCCACGAUCACGGAACGUCGACCACCAAGCCCAGCCUAUUCCCACUUCAUACUUUGAACGCUCCUUUUCGACCGAGAUCUCGACUAAGAGAUGGAUAUCUCGCUCAAGGUAGAGCACCCGGGUUCCGCGGGGCCGACUGUCGUGGCCCCGGGUCUGUCUACCCCGGAGACCGGCUCGACGCCUACCGGCUCGAUCGACGCGAAGAGCAGCCAGUCUCCCUCCCCCUCUGCGCCGUCGAACGGUCAGGCUUCCGCGUCGCGGCGCCCCCCGCGCAAGAGUACUUUGACCCAGCAGCAGAAGAACCAGAAGCGGCAGCGCGCGACUCAGGAUCAGCUAACGACACUCGAGAUGGAAUUCAACAAGAAUCCCACCCCGAUCGCCAACGUUCGCGAGAGGAUUGCGGAGGAAAUCAACAUGACCGAAAGGUCUGUUCAGAUCUGGUUUCAGAACCGGCGUGCCAAGAUUAAGCUUCUGGCCAAGAAGAGCCUGGAAACAGGCGAGGAUAUCGACUCUAUCCCUGAGUCGAUGCGAGCAUACCUGGCAAUGCAGGCCAUGGAAUCCGGGAAGGGCCUCGGUGGCCCCUACAUGGGACGCACCGGUCUCCUUCCCUACGGCUCCAUGAUGCUCGGAGGCGAGCAAGGAGGACAGGGCAAAGUCCUCAUCCAUCAUCUGACCUGCCGGUCCCUGAGCAUCGGCAAGUGGACGCGCGUUGGCCAGAACACGAUGGAUCUCAUCAUAUUCUACUCGCCUGAAAAGUGCACCAUGACCUACUACAUCAACAAUGAUCAGGCUGGAUACAAGAUCGAGUACAACUUCAAUGCCAUCAAGAACAUCUACCUGGAGAACCCCGAUGGCGACGCUAUGAAGCUGGGCGGGAUUGUCAUCGAGCUGAACCGCGCUCCCAGCUUCUUCAUGGAUUCGUCGCCGAACUCUAAUGGGUUUGUCCAAGUCGAGGACUUCACCGAGGGCCACCAAGCCACUCACUGCCUCGUUCACCACCUCGGCGGUAACCCUAAGGUUCUCAGUGGCCAGCUCGCCAAGCUAGCGUCGCUCGAAUCCUUCACGAACCGACAUAACACGGUGCCUUACGACAUGAGCCACGCCAUGUCGGUCUCUGCUCCGGUGUCUCCCACUAACCGCCCUGCUUCGCAGCCCAACUUUGGUCCGCCCCAUAUCGGCAUGUACCAGGAGUCGCAAUGGGGAGUGAACCCGGUGCACGCCGGUAUGCGCGCGCCCGGCCAUAAGCGACAGCGUAGCCGAUCCGUCCCCACAGCCGUCGAUUUCUCCAUGUUCCAGAACCCGAUGCCCGCCUUCUAUAUUCAACAUCCGGGCGAGGGCCAGCCGCAGCACAGCCCCGGCAUUUACUCCCCGGUUCCCCAGCAGCCCGCUGGCAUGAGCAAUGCUGGCCCGAAUCUGCGCAUAGACACGCAGGCAUCCUACGCCAUGGACAUGCGACAGUAUCCGCUCUCCGCCACUACCGCUCCGUCGGAAUAUUCAAGCCCGAACUACUUCUCCCAAGCUCCCGGGGGCACGCCGUUACCUGCCUCGAGCUUCGGUACGCCGUAUGGCGGUGCGUUUCUUUCGCCCCUGCCUCAGAUUCCUCAGUCUGUAUCUCCGUUGUCAUAUACGAGCCACGGCGAUCCGGCUAUCGUUGAACAGUCUCCGCCCUUGAGUAUGCUUCAGCGACCAGCCUCUACCGACAUGUACGGCAUGAGCGACUCGGCUAUUUCGGAUGACGGCCACGGCCUGAACGAGAUGUAUUCGAAGCACACCAUCAACAUUCCCAUGCAUCCUCACUCGCCUGGCUAUAUGGAGCCCAGUCAAGCGGACCUGGACAUGAGCCAGCUCGUGCAAUUCGACGCUGUCGACCCGUCUAGCCUCUCCCCCGAGAGCAUGUCUCACCCUUAAUGAUGCGGGAAUGUGGCACGGCUUGGCGAGGUCGGAGAUUCGUCUUAGGGCCACGGACACUGGUCUGAUAUCGUGUUCCCUAUCAUGUUUUCGUCUUUUUGUCGUUGUGGCGUUGCGGAUCUAUAUACCUCUUGUCGUUUCGGUGAUUUUCACUUGUCUUCCCUCUCAAACACCCUUCUCCGGUCUGUUCCUCGACGUACGAGUUUUGGUUCGAUUCUUGUCCCAUCCCAUCUCGAUUCCACCGGCCACAAAGCUGGGCACGACGACACCUUGUUUCGGUAUCCGAUUAUGCGUGUCCGGCACAGCGAUCGUACGUUCUACUCUACCUCAAUAGCGGUAUUUUUUGGUUUCUGUUUCUUACCCUUGCGGUCUCGUUACCCUUGAAUUUCAAGCGGCCUGCUCUGCACUAAUACUGCGAAUUUCGGAUCUAAUCCUUCCCUUCAA